GCAACCAACCGAACAGGUUCAUUUGAACGUGCUCCGCACAUAACCCAAUAAUUAUCAUGCCAAACGAAAAAGUGAGCAUGGCCCAGGAAAAGCCACAGAAAAAACAGACCGAGUCAAAAUCUUGGAAAGAUACAAAUAGAAUACGAAAAAUAGAACGUAAGAAAUGGAAGGAAGAACGCGCUAUCAAGAAAGCCGAAAAAGCAAAACUCCAAGAAGCUGCCAAAGAAGCACUACAAGCAGCAGAACAUCAAAAAUCACAAGAAAAACCAAGAGAACUCUCCACAAUGAGCUUGGCAGUGCCUGGUUCAAUCUUAGAUAAUGCACAAUCCGCUGAACUACGAACCUAUCUCGCUGGACAAAUCGCUAGGGCAGCAUGCAUCUUUCAAGUAGAUGAAGUAGUAGUCUAUGAUGACAAAAACUCAUCUUCCACAGCCAAGAAAUCAACAAUUGAUGAUGCUCAAGGAACUAAAGUAUCAAGACAAUGCUGUGUACAAUUAGGAAGAAUAUUACAGUACCUUGAAUGCCCACAAUAUCUCAGGAAGCACUUCUUUCCCAUUCACAAUGACUUGAAAUUUGCUGGUAUCUUAAAUCCUCUGGAUGCACCACACCACCUAAGAGAACAAAAUAACUUCAAGUUUAGAGAAGGUGUUGUGACUAACAAACCAGUUGGUAAUGGGAAAGGAUCUUUGGUGUAUGUAGGACUUAAAGCAGAUGCACAUGUAGACAAAAUACUUACACCAGGGUUGAGAUGUACUGUUAGACUUGAUCCUCAACCUGAAGGCAGUAAGAAACUCAGAGGAACUGUGGUUACACCAUCUCAGCCUAGACUUGAGACUGGUGUGUAUUGGGGGUAUAAUGUACGCAUCGCCAACUCGUUAUCACAGGUUUUCAGUCAGAGUCCUUAUAAAAAUGGUUAUGAUUUGACUAUUGGGACAUCAGAUAAAGGAGAUUCAAUUGAUACCUUUGAAAGUCCAAGUUACAAGCACGCGCUUGUAGUUUUCGGUGGUCUGGAUGGUUUGGAAUCCGCGCUGGAGUGGGAUGAAGUCUUAAAAGCUGAAGAUCCAUCUUUGUUAUUCGACAGUUACUUGAACACGGUGCCCGAUCAAGGUUCCAGGACUAUACGGACAGAGGAAGCUAUUCUUGUAACAAUGGCCGCGCUACGUUCAAGAUUAAACCCUGAAGAAAAACCGAUUGCCUUCGAACAUUCCGAAGAAAUCGCACAGAGUUCUGUUUCUACAUUUCCACAAAAAUUCACACCGCAAAAAUCUACCGACAAUAAUACUACUACUAAUGAUCUAUCACGUUUUGAUUAGAUGAUUCCAACUUGUUACGUUUUCAAGUAUAUAUUGUAUAAGUAAUAAUCUUAAUAUAGUUAGUAAUAAAUUCGUUUAACAAGGACCAAUAAAGGCGGUCGGCCAAACAUUACGAUUAACAAGUC